AUGACCCCUAUGAGUGAAAAUAAUGGCUCAGAAAACACGAGGGAUGUGUCAGCAGCUAUGAUGAAGAGUAGAAGUAAUUCCAGUGAGUACGCCGGCGGGGAUGGCAGCUUUCAUGCUAGUGAGGUAGAGUCACAGAGUUCGCAGGGUGCUAGUGGUGGUAAUACAAGUGCAAGCAAACGAAGAACAAAGGCAUCCCGUGCGUGUGAUCAAUGUCGGAAGAGAAAGAUAAGAUGUGAUUACGAUGAUGAUAAAGGUGUUUGUACAUCUUGUAGGAAAAAUGGCGAAAGCUGCGCUUUUGAGAGAAUUCAGUUGAAAAGGGGACCUUCAAAAGGAGCGGUUAGAGGACAUAGUGUAAGCCGAUCGAUUUCAGGUGAAAAUAAUAAUACUGCUGCUACUGCUGUUGGUAGUGGUGGUGAAUUUUCUUCGCCUUCUUCAAGACAAGGCUCAGUCUUAUUGCCGCCCUUGGGUCAGUAUUUACCGCAACCUGCCCCUGUGCCAUCGAAUUUAAACGCUACUCAGCAACAACAGUUUUGGAAAGUUCCGUAUCAUGAUUUUCAAGGUCAAAGAAGAGGUUCUAUCGAUUCUUUAUCGAGCGACAUGUCAGCUAAAAGUGUAAAUAUCCCUCAAGAGCAUUUGCUUUAUGCAUCACCAUCAGCCGGGCAUCCGCCAUUACAUUCACCGGUAACUUUUGGUCCAAAUAAUUCAAGUACAGAUAGUGGCUAUUGGCCGUUCCGUAAUAGUGGCGGUGAAGAAUCAGAUGAAUUGAGAAGAAAGUCAGGGUCAAAUCCGCCUUCUCUUAAAAACGUUAGUCAGCCGCCUCCACCACCUUUGCAACAACAACAACAACAACAGUAUUCAUAUUCGAAAUUUAACAAUUCUUUUGCUCAAUACGGUGCGAAUGGGUUUCCCUCCAGACAUGGCUCGAUAGCGAGUGAGGGAAUGUCACCAAGUGCAUCGGUUCCAUAUCAGUCUGUCCCCAUGAAUCAAUCCAAUAGUAAUGGUCUUUCCCAACAACAGCAACAGCCGAUUCAAUGGCCCAAAGUUCAACCAAAAAAUCUGCCUCCACCGCAGGUGCAAGUUCAAGCGGCUGAUAAAGAGGAGACUUUGGGUAAUUCUUUCCAGAAGACUAUAAAAAAAAGAAGAACCGUUAGUGCUUCUUCAGGGGAGAAUAAAGCGGAACCGGGUGAAUAUCCGUUGGCAAGAUUUUCGAGUUCUGGUAAUGACUCGCUCUUGGGCGGUAACCUUGUGUCGCCUGCGGGUUUUGUUUAUGGUCAAAUCCCCGAGAUUCAACUGAUAGAUAUCUAUUAUGAAUUUAUCCAUAUGGUGUUUCCAAUAAUACCGUUAAACAAAGAAACCGUUACAAAUGAAAUUUUACUAGUUAAUACGCAACCAAUAUCACCCAUUCAUGAAAUUAAUAAUUAUGUUAUUCUUUGGUUUAGAAAUUCAUUAGAAUUGCUGAUUCGUAUUACAUUAAAGAGAAGAUCUGGACAUUUUUACGAUAGUUUAACGCAUAGUAAGGAAAGAGAACUAAGUAAUGAAAUUAGAGGAAAUUCUAAUGGUGGUGGUAGUAACGAUUCGAAAGAUGAUAACCUAGAAAUGCAAGGAGUUUUUGUUACUGCCUUAAAUGAAUGUCUACAAAAGAUUGUUGAUAUUCAUCCAAGUUUUAGAGAGAAUAAAGAUAAAAUUUCACCCAAGGUUAAAAUCAUUUAUCUUUCUACAUUUGUCCUUCUGAAUUAUAUCCUUGCAGUGGUGGGAUACGAUAAUUCGUUUGUUUUAGGGAUGUCUACAACUAUAUUCAAAGAUUUUAAAGUAUAUGAGUUAUUACUUUACGACGAUGAAGAUGAUGACGCUACGAAAAGUGGUUCUAAUGAUAACGACAAUACUAAUAAUGAUAACAAUAGUAAUAAUGCCAAUAAUGAUAACAACGAUAGUCGAUUUUAUGAUGAGAAUAACGCCAUGAACUGGGAUCAAGCUGGAUAUUCAAUAACGUUUAAAAGGCUCUAUGUGUUAUUGAUCAUUUUUGAUUCAUUACAAUGUUGUUCAUACGGAGGUCCUAAGCUUUUGAACGUGCCCAUUGAAGGUGCAUCGGAAAGAUUUUUCCAAACUAAACCUCAUAGUAAUUCCAAAUGGGUUGUUGAUCAGAGUCCAACCAGGAUGAAAUUCAUCUUACAAAGUGUUAAAUUUGGUGAACUUUUAGCCGAAUGUUCAAUGAAAAGAAGAUCAAUAUGUGACCUCUCUCGUACCCAGUUAACUUGGGAAAUACCGCCUUAUUUUUUAAAAGGAGUUACAGAUGAAGAUGAUGAACUUUUUAGUUUAGCUCAAUUGUUGGCGGCAUUUAUUUUGAUUCGAAAAGAAUUUGUAGAUUGUUUGCUAAAUUUGCAAGAUCUAGAAACUGGUGAAUUACCUACAGUUGAUAUGGAAUUAUGUGGGGAAUUGAUCAAAUUGUUAUGCCAAUUGACAUCAAUCAUUUUACAAGCUCUUACUGUUAUGAUGAGGACCAACCCAAAAAAUCAUAUUGAUUAUAAUUAUAGACCAAUGAAACCGAUGGAACACGAUGAUAGUGGGAAUUCAGCAAGCAGAAAGUUUACCACGUCGCAAGCAGAAUCUGGUAAAAAUUCAGGUAAUGAUUUUUAUCAUAAAUUGUUAGGUUUACAAGACAAUGCGGAAGCUUGUUUAACCAAUUUAUUGAGAGGUUCUAUUUCACCCUAUUGCAUCUCAAUGUUAAGAGAAAUUAGAAACGUUAUGGAAUUAGUGAAGAAAAUGCCCGCUUCAUUAAUUGGAGUCGUAAUGGCGUGUGCUGGUACGCAUCAUAACACUGCCAAUAACAAUAAUAAUGAUCCACUAGCGAUUACUUUCCAAUCGCAAGAAUUAGUCGUUAAAUUAUCCAAUUGCAUGAAUGAUAUGAUGCAGAUUACAAGUCUUUUGAACAUGAUUAAGCCGGUAAACUUAUCGGAUCAAGAUUCUGACAAUACGUCGGCAACAGCGACAAUUACAACAACCGAGACAAUUUCUAAAUCUUUGAAUCGUGAUCAUAGUAUAAUGCGGAGAUUGUACUAUUCAAAGGCUGCCAAGAGAGAUAAAAAACAUAUAUAUCCUUCCUCGUCAUCAUCUCCGCAAUUACAAGAGACUAUCACAACUCUCAAAUCGUUUGUCCUCAUCGGUUGGAAAUUAUUGGACGAUUUUGAAUUGGGCUGGUCUUGA